GUCAAUGCGGCAUGAAAAAAUUCUUAUUUAGAGAAUAAAUAUUGUCAUUUUUAUACUUUUAAGCAAGAUGCUUUGCCCUGAAGUAAAUAAUUUUCCACCGCCAAAAACUACGUGUACAGUGCGGAAAAACUUAAAUAUAGAGAAAACAGAAACCAUAAUAAACUUGAAUAACUUUUAUAGAAGUGCUAUAAUAACUUUUCCUGAUGAAUUAAAUGUACCGAGUUUUAUUCAAGAGUGUUUUCUAGAUGACAGUGAUUACUACAAGAUCUUAAAUUGUCCUGUGGUUGAGUUUAUUGAUCCCGUCUUCAUCGAAACUUUCGUACGAAAAGGGAGGUUAUAUUGUUUAUCAGUUAAUAAAAGUUGUAUAACUCACAACAGCGUCGCAAUAACACCAGAUGGAAUAUUAACAUUGAAUAUAACAGAUUAUGUUUAUCAGACGCUUGGUUUGGAAGGAAUAAAGAGGCCGCAUAAUUUUCACGAAGUUCGGAUAGAUUUAAAAGAUAUAAAGCGGAGUGAAAAGUUAAAAAAUGCUUUAAGCAAGUUAGAGCUGUUUAAUUUCUAUAUAUCUUGGGAGCCACACGAUGAAAACAUAUGCCCGUCUACAAUAGCAAAAUACUUUAGUGAUAAAAACUACACAUUGUCACAACAUGCCUUACAAGCUAAAAAUCUAUCUCCGGAGGUUACCACAAUACCAUCUCUAAUUGAAAUAGAUAUAGAUGAAGUAGUCGAAUGGUUGGGGAUGCUAGCACACAACGCUAAUUUGACACCAGAAGAGAAUUACAUAAGUGCAUACUAUGUACCAGAUAGUGGAACAAAUUUGCAGUCAACGAGAGUUGCAGUACUUAUCAUAAAGGGGUUUAUGACACCGAAUAUAAUGAAUAAAGCAUGCAAGGCAAUAUCGGAAUAUGUUUUAACUAGAGAACUAGAGAAUUACUGGGCAGCAUUGAGCAUACAAACUGUGGAAGAAAGUCUAUAUCAAUGGAAUUUUAGCAGUCAAAGAAUGUUCCAAUCACACAACUCAUCUUGUAAUAUAUUUUUUACACACAAUGAUCAAGUCAUUUACUCUGUAGGACAAUUAAAGUAUUCUUGAUAAAUCA